AUGACAAAGGAUGUCUUCAGUGUUCUAAAUGACGAGAUUUUUGCUAUAUUAGUCCUCAUGGCACUAUUUACCACAUUCAUGACAACUCCAACAGUCAUGGCAAUAUACAAACCCUUGCGUGGAAUUUAUUCUCAAACUAAUCGCCGACUCCAGCGACAAUUGCCUCUCACAGAGAACUCACAAGAUGAGCUUCGAGUCCUUGCUUGUGUCCAUGGACCUGAGAAUGUACCCUCACUCAUCAAUCUGGUGGAGUCAAUUCGUAACCCCAAAAGAUCCCCACUCAAACUCUAUGCCAUGCACCUUGUUGAACUGACUGAUCGCUCAUCCUCCAUCAUGAUGGUUCAACGUGCUAGAAAGAAUGGUUUUCCCUUCAUAAACCGCUUCUGCAGAGGUGCAAGUGCAACACCAGACCAAAUUGCUGCCGCCUUUGAGGCCUACGGCCAAGUCAACCGUGUCAAUAUUCGUCACUCAAUAGCCAUCUCGGCAUUGUCCACGAUGCAAGAGGACAUUUGCCACAUAGCACAAGAAAAAAGGGUGGCGAUGAUCAUAUUGCCUUUCCACAAACAUUGGAGAGGAGAGGGUGAAGAGGCUAUGGAGAAUGUAAACAAUGGCUGGAGAAUAGUCAAUCAGAGUGUGCUAAAGAGGGCACCAUGCUCAGUGGCAGUGUUUGUGGACCGUGGAUUCGGUGGUGGGUUAAAGCAGGAGGCAGAACCCAGUUCCCCAACACUGAAAAGAGUUUGCAUUUUGUUCUUUGGCGGAUCUGAUGAUCGCGAGGCUCUAGAGUUGGGAGGAAGGAUGACAGAACAUCCAGCAGUUAGUCUAACCAUUCUGAGGUUUCUGGAAAAAGCUAAGGAUGAGAGUAUGAAGCAGAGUCAUAGCGGCUCAACUGUUCCAAUAAACGAUGAGAGAGAGAAGGAGAUAGAUGAGACUACAAUGGCCAUAUGGAGGUGUAAUCAAUCAGUUAAGUACGAAGAAAAGGUUGUGGACAACAUCACAGAAGAGGUGUUAAAAUUAGGCCAGAGUAGGGAGUAUGAGUUGGUUAUUGUGGGAAAGGGACAAUUCUCAUCAAGCAUGGGGGCAGAGUUGCCAGCGAAUCAGAUCGAGCAUGCUGAGUUGGGGCUCAUUGGAAACAUUUUAGCUUCAUCGGACUGUGGCAUAGUGCCCUCAGUCCUGGUCAUACAACAGGAUAAACAAUAUGCAGAUGAGACUGCUACUUCAAGGAUGGGCCAGGACAAGCUUGUCACAACAAUUGAUACUUCAAUCACAAAUAAUGAACCGUCUGUGUGA